CUGUGCGACCCGGAAGUGACCCCCCUCUCCCCCCACAACUCGCGGUGCUCGAAAGUAUUGGCCACUCGUAGCCCGAAAGAGAGCGGUUCCGUCGUUUUCAAAUCGAUGAUCCGCCGAGGAUCGUGGUGCAUCGACGAUCGUCGAAAGAUUCGGACACUUUGAUGGAUAUUCGGGGGGACUUCCGGUGGACGUGGCCUGUGGGUUGACCUCUGCGCGAUAUCGAGGAUACCAGUCGAGCAAGAGUGCUGGUUGGACAAAGAGAAUCGACACGGUAGAAUGUGCAGAUGAUCGGAAUGACGAGACACUCUCUGGUGAUCCUAUGCUGCUACCUGUACACGCUAUUUGACAUGGCGGCCCUGCACUUUCCCGAGGAAAUAUGCGAACCGGUACUUUCCACGGAGGUCGAAGGCUGGCACAUUAAGGUCGAUAGCCUAUCGUCCAGUACGUUUCGACUUUCGGCGAGAAAGCGCGGGUACCGGUUCUUUCCGAAGAUCGAAAGGGAGUCGGAUCUCGAGGAGUACGGCAGAAAGGAAGCCUCUUUGUCGCUGAGGGACAUCCUGCCUUUGAACCCCAAGCAAUACGACAAGCACAGAGCACCGAAGUACUUGGGACAGCCCACCAUCGUCUAUUUCCACGUCACCGUUCUCAGCCUCGACUCCAUAAACGAGGAAUCCAUGACGUACGUAGCGGACAUAUUUCUGGCUCAAAGCUGGCGGGACUCCAGGCUUCGACUUCCGGAGAACAUGUCCGAGGAAUACAGGAUAUUGGACGUGGAUUGGCUGCACAACAUUUGGAGGCCCGACUGCUUCUUCAAAAACGCGAAGAAGGUCACCUUUCACGAGAUGUCGAUACCCAAUCAUUACCUAUGGUUGUACCAUGACAAGACUCUACUUUACAUGUCCAAGUUGACCCUCGUUCUGUCCUGUGCGAUGAAGUUCGAGUCCUACCCACAUGACACUCAAAUCUGUUCGAUGAUGAUAGAAAGCCUGUCGCACACGACCCAGGACCUGGUGUUCAUUUGGAACAUGACAGACCCAUUGGUGGUGAAUCCGGAGAUCGAGCUGCCCCAGCUGGACAUCUCCAACAAUUACACGACCGAUUGCACAAUCGAGUACUCCACGGGGAACUUCACGUGCAUACAGAUCGUGUUCAAUCUGCGCCGUCGGCUCGGCUACCACCUGUUUCACACGUACAUACCGUCCGCGCUGAUCGUGGUCAUGUCCUGGAUCGCGUUCUGGAUCAAACCCGAGGCCAUCCCGGCCAGGGUCACCCUGGGCGUCACGUCACUGCUGACCCUCGCGACUCAGAACACGCAGUCCCAGCAAUCGUUGCCUCCAGUCUCCUACGUCAAGGCCAUCGACGUGUGGAUGUCCUCGUGCAGCGUGUUCGUGUUCCUCUCGUUGAUGGAGUUCGCCGUGGUGAACAACUACAUGGGCCCAGUGGCCACCAAGGCCAUGAAGGGCUACUCCGACGAGGAUCUUCGAGAGGCCAUCGACGAGUUCAAAACGCCGAUGAGGAACGAUUCUGGGAGGAGCAGGAGUCCCGUCAGGCCCCUGACAGUGCAAUACGACACUUGCUGUCAAGGUCGUGCAACCGCCAUUUACAUCGACAAGUUCUCCAGAUUCUUCUUUCCGUUCUCCUUUCUCAUCCUGAACGUCGUCUACUGGAGCACCUUCCUGUAGACGAAACCUGAGGAGAAGAAGAUCCGUGAAAUCGUCGACAGCUUUCGAUGGCAAUGCGUUUCGUCUUUGUUGGCUGCAGUUCAUCUUUGACAUUAUCAUGGAGGAUGAGAACUCCAAGGCAUUCGUGAGCAUUGAACCAGUCAACAAAGAAGCGAACGAUUUUUCUACGAGAGAAAGUCUGCUAAAAGAAUUUUUAGUGCCUUUUAUAUUAGAUACUGUAUCCCCUCCC